GUGGGGCUGGGUGUCCCAUUGAAAAGGCGGCCGCACUCCGGCCGCCCAGCACUCUCUCACUUCUGGCCAGGGAACGUGCAAGGCGCACCGGCAGGGAGCCGGUCAGGGAGGGCGACUGGGAAAAAAAGAGGAAUAAGAAAGACAGGGGGUUAACCAAACCAUCCAUAAAACAGGCUCAGCCGAGGCUGAAGGAGUGGAGACCCCGCGCAGGACAGCGCAGGACCCGGAGUCUCGGUACCCAGCAGAGCGCGCUCAGCACUGACUUUGGCGGCUGCUUUUCCUUUCCAUUUUUUUUUUUUUUAAAUACCAAGAAGGCUCUAGCGGCGGCCUCACACGCGAGCGCCACGCGAGGCUCCCAAGCCGACCGCGGCGGGAGGAGGGGAGGAGGAGGAGGAGACGCAGAGGGCAGAGGAAAAGCGUUUGCACCUUCCUUCGCUCCCACUCUAAGAACUCUGCGUGCUUUUGCAAUUUUCUUUUCUUCCACUUUCCUCCGGGGCUCCUUCCUCCUUUCCACCUUUCUCUUCCCCUUCUAAUCUUACACCCAAGUCCCUGUGCCCCUCGCGCGCAGCGCACCUUGCGGUUCCCCUCUUGCUCCCUUUUGACUCCUGGGCCGCCUGUGCGCAUGGAGAGCUCUGCCAAGAUGGAGAGCAGCGGCCCGCAGCCACAGCCGCAGCCCCCGCAACCCUUCCUGCCGCCUGCAGCCUGCUUUUUCGUCUCGGCUGCGGCGGCUGCGGCAGCGCAGAGCGCGCAGCAGCAGCAGCAGCAGCAGCAGCAGCAGCAGCAGCAGCAGCAGCAGCAGGCGCCGCAGCUGAGCCCGCCGGCCGAUGGCCAGCCUUCAGGGGGCGGUCACAAGUCAGUGCCCAAGCUAGUCAAGCGGCAGCGCUCCUCUUCUCCUGAACUGAUGCGCUGCAAACGCCGGCUCAACUUCAGCGGUUUCGGCUACAGCCUGCCGCAGCAGCAGCCGGCCGCCGUGGCGCGUCGAAACGAGCGCGAGCGCAACCGCGUCAAGUUGGUCAACCUGGGCUUCGCCACCCUCCGGGAGCACGUCCCCAAUGGCGCAGCCAACAAGAAGAUGAGCAAGGUGGAGACGCUGCGCUCGGCGGUCGAGUACAUCCGCGCACUGCAGCAGCUGCUGGACGAACACGACGCGGUGAGCGCCGCCUUCCAGGCCGGUGUCCUGUCGCCGACCAUCUCUCCCAACUACUCCAACGACAUGAACUCCAUGGCUGGUUCCCCCGUCUCGUCUUACUCCUCCGACGAGGGCUCCUAUGAUCCUCUCAGUCCGGAGGAGCAGGAGCUGCUGGACUUCACCAACUGGUUCUGACCGCCUGUCAGGCCCAGGUGGGAAUGGACUUUGGAAGCAGGGUGACCGCACAGCCUGCAUCUUUACUGUUUCUCAUCAACGAUGUUGGGAGGGAGGGGAAAAAAAACAAGAAAAAAAAAGAGAAGAAUAAGAAGAA